AAAGCUAAAUUGAAUACUUAUUUCAGCAAACUAUGGAUUACGAUGAGUUAAAAGUUAAAUAGAAGAAACAAGUCCCGAAUGUAUCAAUGGAGGGUAUGCAUGCGUAUGUAUGUAAUGUAACCACUCUACGCGUUCUCAUUUAAUGGCUAUGCCUAACUCCCACCUUCCUUCUUCAAUAGCCAUCAUUUUCUGGUGCCAUAUAAGUUCUGGUACACGCAAGAGUGAUUCCUAAAGCAGAAAAAAGAUGAAAAAUACUGAAGCACUUGUUCUGCUCUUUGCAUCAUUUCUCUUUUUGACUUGUGCGUAUGCACAAGACACCCUUGUGCCAGCAAUCAUAACAUUUGGUGAUUCUGCUGUGGAUGUAGGGAAUAAUGACUAUCUUCCCACUAUUUUCAAGGCUGAUUACCCUCCUUAUGGAAGGGAUUUUGUCAACCACCAACCCACUGGGAGGUUUUGCAAUGGCAAAUUAGCUACUGAUAUAACUGCUGAAACACUGGGUUUUAAGAGUUAUGCACCUGCAUAUUUAAGCCCACAGGCAUCAGGGAAGAACCUCCUUCUUGGAGCAAACUUUGCUUCAGCUGCAUCUGGUUAUGAUGAAAAGGCUGCUACUUUGAAUCAUGCAAUACCAUUGUCUCAACAGUUAAAUUAUUUCAAGGAAUACCAAGGCAAACUGGCCCAGGUAGCUGGCAGUAAAAAAUCAGCUUCAAUUAUUAAAGAUGCUUUGUACUUACUGAGUGCUGGCAGUAGUGAUUUUGUACAAAAUUAUUAUGUCAAUCCUUGGAUCAACAAAGCCCUCACUCCCGAUCAGUAUUCCUCAUACUUAGUGGGUGCAUUCACAAGCUUUGUUAAGGACUUGUAUGGAUUGGGAGCCAGGAAAAUUGGAGUGACUUCACUUCCUCCAUUGGGGUGCCUACCUGCUACAAGGACUUUAUUUGGUUUCCAUGAGAAUGGUUGUGUCUCAAGAAUCAACAAUGAUGCACAAGGAUUUAACAAGAAGAUCAACUCGGCCGCAUCAAGUCUUCAAAAGCAACUUUCCGGUCUUAAGAUUGUGGUUUUUGAUAUUUACAAGCCUCUCUAUGACCUUGUUCAAUCCCCUUCAAAAUUCGGUUUUGUGGAGGCAAAUAGAGGUUGCUGUGGUACAGGGACUGUAGAGACAACAUCCUUGUUGUGUAAUCCAAAAUCACCAGGAACUUGUUCUAAUGCCACUCAGUAUGUGUUUUGGGAUAGUGUCCAUCCUUCACAAGCUGCAAACCAAGUUCUGGCUGAUGCAUUAAUUUUACAAGGCAUAGCUCUUAUCUCAUAAGGACCUGUGAUUAUUUAUCUUUGUUAGAUAUUAUGGUGUACAACUACACAUCGUGCAAGUGAUGCAAUAGUUUCCUGUUUUUCUUAUGUUUCAAAAAUUCUGUACUCUGUACUUUAGCUCUUGAGAAAUUUUAGAUUGAGUCGUUUGUAAAACUUUUUAUAACAGAUAAAUUUGUGCUUAUUAUCUAUAAAUGCAUUGAUCUAUUUUUGGUUGU